GAGUUAUAAAAUACAUUUUUGUGACGUAUAAUAAAGGAUAUAAUUUUUGUGGUUAGGUUAUACUGUUUUUUGUGUGUAUGUUAGUGGAGUUUUUUUGUUAAGUGAAUUUUUUCGUUGAUUAAAUCACUCUUUACGUGAGUGAUUUUUUCUGUUGCUGUAGAUUUUAUAAAUGAUUAUGAAAUCUAAAAUUCGUCAAUAUUUGGGCGGAAUGUCGCGGCCCCCAAAGCCCGCGCCUACCGCCAAAAAAGUGGCACCACCAGCUGUACCGCAUGAAUUUCGUCACUCAGGCAGUUCAUUUGGCAGUGCGGGAUAUGCAUCGUCUGAAGAUGGUGUAUUUAUUUCAUCGGGUGAUGCACCCGGAAUACCAAGAGAUGAUCAUUCCGACUAUGGAAGUACAGUAAGUGGUGUCAGCUCUGGAAAAAGUCCAGGACCAUGCUCGGGAGUAUUAAGUGGAUAUGGCGGGGGUGUUCCACCAUCAGCAUUUCCAUUUCCAGCUGGGCAAUUACCUCCAGGACAAAUGCUCAGUCACAAAGCAGCCGUAUACUAUCAUCACCAAUUAAGUUUACAAGAAGAUCAAGGAAUCGAUAUGACUCAGUCUCCUGGAAGAGAUAGUCCCGGAUCGUCUAGUGGGAGCGCUGGUUCUGGAUCACGACAUAGUACAGCUUCUUUGGAUAGUGGUCGAGCCUCAGCAUAUCAUCCAUUGAGUAGUUUGGGGGUUGGUCCAUCAAGAUGUGGACCCGGAACAUCUGGCAGUGGUGGCAGUCCUAGAUGUAGUUUAAGUUCCUGUUCGAUUGGUUCUGAAGGAAAAAUUGAACGUCUCAUAGCUCAAGGAGUGCCGGAUCAAGAUAUAAUUCACGCAUGGCUACAAGAAUUACAUUUUGAAGAAUAUUCGCCAUUAUUUAUUAAUGCAGGGUAUGAUCUACCGACAAUUUGUAGGAUGACACCAGAAGAUCUCACUGCAAUUGGUAUUAAAAAACCUAAUCAUCGUAAAAGACUGAAAGCAGAAAUUGGACAGCUUAACUUGCCAGAUAAUUUACCCGAUUACAUUCCGGGAUCCGUUGAAGAAUGGCUAAGAUUAUUACGAUUAGAAGAAUAUGCACCGGCUUUACAUGCACAAGGAUAUCGCACCGUUGAAGAUGUAACGCAAUUAACAUGGGAGGAUUUAGAAGACAUUGGUAUUGUGAAACUUGGACAUCAAAAGAAAGUAAUACUUGCAAUCAAACGAGUAAAAGAUAUACGAGCUGGAAAACGUUUUCAUGCACCACCUCCCGCAUCUUUGGAUGUUGGACAAGGACAGGAUCACAUUUUGAUAACAUCACCAUUGAUACAUGCACCGCCACCAUCCCAUCAGCAGGGGGUCGUCGAUACAGAUAUCACAGAUUCGUCUACAGCACCUGUACCCCCUGUUCACACAACAUUCCGUGCAUUCCAUCAGCCCUGGGAAGUUGAUCAAACACGUCAAAUGACUGCCAGUUGUUAUCCAGCCCUGCAUCAUACCCACCAACAAAUCUACUAUCAACCUAUUUACUGCACUGAUAUUGUCCCUAUCAAGAUUCGAGGUGGUCGUGGAAAAUCAUUAGAAAGUUUGGAAGAUCCAAAUGAACGUUCAACACAUCAUACAUUUAGCUCAGAAAAUACACAAACCUUUUAUUAUCAACCAGCUGCUGGAGGUUGGCGACCUAGAUCUUAUGACGAUGGCGACAUAACACCAACAAAUGAAGUAGCUGCAUUAAUUUAUGAAGGAGGUGGUGGAACUUUACCACGACCACGUGGAUUAGUUCGACCACGGCCUAUUGCAAAAAUUCCACCAGCUAAAUGUCGUGAAACUACUGCAAUAUUCCAUGAUUACGAUCAUUGCCAUCAACAACAAAAAUGUUUUACUGGAACGCAAUAUAAAAGUUUGCCACGAGACUUCUUGGAGAAGUAUCAUCAAUUUGGUAUAAAUACAAGUCCGUUGAAAAAGAUGCCACCCUCACCGCCAAAACGGCAAUCUAGUAAUACAACAUUAGCUGAAAAUACUAAUGAACAAACUACAUGUGUGGAAAUCCAUGUACAAUCUAGCCCGUUGCCAUUACCAGCAUAUCCUAGUUCAGAUAGUUUGAGUAUAUCAUUAGAAAGUGGUGGAGAUUUACCUUUACCACCUCCACCAGCGCCGGCAACACCACCUGGAUCAGCACCACAUCGUUUGCUUCCUUCAAAAUCAUGGGGUGGAUCAGGUGAAGAACAAGAAUUAAUUGCUGCUUUAGCAAUGCAACAUAGAAACGGUUCUGAUGCCAGUUUUAAAUCAAGUUCAAGUACUGAAUCUGAUUCACUUCCAUUUGCCAACGAGAAUGCUGGUACAAUAAAAACACGAGCUGGUAGUGUUGUACAACGACCACCAUCUCGAUCUGGACUUCCGCCACACUCAUCACCAUCACCCUUAACAUUUACAUCACAUUCAGCAUCACCAUCACCUUUAUCAUUGCCACAACAUAGCAACCCCAAUAAUACGUCAUCGACGUCAGUACAAUCAUCGCCGUUAAAUGUGGCUCGACCACGAUCACAACCGGUCGAUGUGCUUAACGAUAUUGGCAACAUGUUAGCCAAUUUAACAGACGAAUUAGAUGCAAUGUUAGAAGAAGAGAAACGUCAAGGUUUAACUGAUGUUCAGUAGUGAAUUUAAACCAUUUUGUAUUUUUACAAAAUUUAAAAAAAUAUAAUAAAU